UUGGCAUCAGAAGGCAAACGAUAUCACUCUGGUUUCAUUAUUUUUUUUAUUUUUUUGGUAGAAUCACUCUAGUUUCAUUGAUGGAAUGGAUCGCUUCACCAUUUUCUUGAUUUUAUGCAUGGUUUUACUCCAUUCCAGUAAUGGGUUUGAUGCUACAGUAUCAGAUUCUUUUAAUGUGGUAAAAUAUGGAGCUGUUGGAGAUGGCAAAACUGAUGACUCGGGGGCCUUUCUAAAAACAUGGACUGCGAUGUGUGGAAUUGCUCCUACGUACACUCCUACACUCAUCAUACCUUCUAAAAAGACAUUCUUGUUGAAGCCUAUGAAGUUCGGUGGUCCUUGCAACCUCCACCACAACAUCAAUAUUAAGGUUUCUGGAAACAUAGUUGCACCAUAUACUAUUUCAGGAUAUGAGGGACACGAUGAUAUAUGGCUUUUAUUCACUAGUAUAGAUCGCCUCAACAUCUAUGGAACUGGCCAAAUUGAUGGCCGAGGUAGUAUUUGGUGGCCAAAUUCUGAACAACGACGACCUACGGCACUAUGUUUCCACAAAUGCAAUAGUCUUCACCUGACUGGACUGAAGCUUUUGAACAGUCCAAGAAACCAUAUCUCCCUCCUUGGCUGCAAUGGAGUAACUAUUUCUCACCUCAAUAUCAUUGCACCAAAAGACAGCCCAAACACAGAUGGUAUUGUCAUAGCAGACUCAACUCAAGUUCUGAUCCAUCGUUCUCACAUUGGCACAGGAGAUGAUUGUGUGGCCAUUAUUGGUGGUACCUCUUUUAUCAACAUUACGAAUCUUAGAUGUGGACCAGGCCAUGGCAUAAGUGUGGGAAGCUUAGGAGGAGGUGGAGCUCAUGAUACAGUAAAAGAAGUCCACGUGAAUGACUGUAGUUUCCAUAGAACCAUGAAUGGAGCAAGGAUCAAAACAUGGCCGGGGGGUUCUGGAUAUGCUAAGAAGAUCUCUUUUAAAAAAAUUGCACUUACAGAAGUAGGCAACCCCAUCGUCAUCAACCAAUAUUAUCCUAAGAAUGAAGUUCCCUAUCCACAAGAUAUAAAUAAGGGUUCAGACGUUGAAGUGAGCGACGUGACAUUCAUAGGAUUUCAAGGGUCUACAACUUCAAAAAAUGCCAUCUCAUUGAGGUGUAGUAACAGUGUGGCUUGCACCAACAUUGUACUGAACCAUAUCAAUAUCACAUCAGCAAUUCCAGGGAAUAAGACUUCCUCCAUUUGCAAUAACGCCCAUGUAAUAUCUAAAGAUUGUAACCCACCUGUACAUUGUCCAUCUCAAAAGUUCUGAAAACUGGGUGAACUUCAUUUGCUAUUGACUCAAUAAAAUGGGUUUUCAGAGAUUUGGAGUGAUUCGCUGGACCUUGAAUACUUAAGUUCUGAUUAUAGUACCACCUUGUGGUCUUUGAAUAAGAAUCUUUCUUUUUGGAAGUA